UUCGGGCUUUUUGGCGGGAGGCGGGAACGGGACAGUUACUUUCUUCAUUGAAUGAUCUAAAUAAUUAAUACGAAGUGGUGUUUUGUGGUUAAUGAUCGCAUUAAGUUAGUCGGAAGACAUUCGCGAGUGUUAUUAUAUUGGAGUAUUCAAUAAACAAAGUGUAUCUGCCUAUUUUCGCUUCGUGUCAGGAAGCCGCUUCAUAACUCAAAAGUUUAUGCGGACUUUUGAGUUAAUUCGUUUGGGGUUCGGAGUAGGAGUCUACUCCGAGGGUGGGGGCUUAGGUUUCAUCAUCAUCACCUUUCAUCAUUUCAUUAAUCAUCAAGAAAAAAAAUACGUCAGACAUGGCUGUAUGGGCAUAGUUCCCUUUGCCUUACCCUUCGGGGAAAACCAAACCAAAAAAAAAAAAAAUCAGUUCAAUUUCACGUGUGGUGUGUUUCGUAGGACCUGUGGCGGAAUAAUUUGAUUUUAGGAAAGUUGCUGCAGUAUUAGACAUAAAUAUAAAAGAAUACACCAACCAUGACACAUUCAUCAGGGUCCUCUGGGUCCGUUAAAAGUGGAGUCAUAGACUUUACAGCCGGUUCAUUGGGUGGUGUAGCAGUAGUAUAUGUAGGACAACCACUUGACACAGUAAAAGUUAAAAUGCAGACAUUUCCACACUUGUAUAAAGGAAUGUUAGACUGUCUGAAAGUAACACUCAAAAACGACGGUAUUGUGAGAGGUCUCUAUGCGGGGACCACACCUGCAAUUAUGGCCAAUGUAGCGGAGAACUCAGUUCUUUUUGCUGCUUAUGGGUACUGCCAAAAGUUCGUCUGCCAUGUCACUGGAACAGAGUCAGUGGAACAACUAUCAGCGCUCAGUAACGCGUCGGCAGGCUUCCUAGCUGCAUUCUUCUCAUCGUUCACACUGUGCCCGACGGAGCUCAUCAAAUGCCAACUGCAAGCUAUGAGAGAAGUCAAUGUGCAGGGCACACAAACUGCUAUUAAAAUAUCGCCAUUGCAGCUAACUCAGCAGAUAUUCCGACAGUACGGGAUACAGGGCCUGUUCAGAGGACUAGUGCCGACCAUCAUGAGAGAAAUGCCAGGAUAUUUCUUCUUUUUCGGAGGAUAUGAAGGUACGAGGGAGCUACUAACGAAGCCGGGACAGUCGAAAGACGACAUCGGGUUUGUGCGGACGAUGAUAGCCGGCGCCGUCGGCGGGCUCGUGCUAUGGACUGUUAUAUUCCCCUCUGACGUCAUCAAGUCCCGCAUACAGAUAUCCAACCAGAAGCAGAAGUUCCUCCAAGUCGGCGUCGAUAUCGUUAAGAAAGAAGGAGUCCUGGCCCUGUACAACGGUCUGAAGCCGACGCUAGUGCGAACCAUCCCCGCCACCGCUGUGCUCUUCGUCGUCUACGAGUACUCGAAGAAGUUCAUGCAUCAGUGGUUUGGGAACUAAUACUGCGUUUACAUUCAGCCACUGCCUCUGUCGUAGAAUAAAGCAUGGUAUAAUAAAACCAGGUAUGCACAGCCGCCAUUGCUAGCCGUUUGACGACGCAAGUGUUACACGAGUGUUACCGUUAAAUUGGUUUUUAUUAUUUAAAAUUAAGUGAGUUACUAAUGUACCUAAUUAUUAUUACUCUUCACAUAUAUAAUAAUAAUUCAAACUGUAAGUAAAUAUUUUACCAAAGUUCAAAAUUGCCUUGAAAAGUAAAUUAAAAGCAUUGGUCGUGUUUAUUUUUUUUACAAAAUGGCAACGAAGGUAGAUAACGUCAGCGCGGCUAACCUUGAAAUGUUAGCUGUCACUUUUGAGCAUACCUGUUUUUUAUUAUACCAUGGAAUAAAAUGCAAAAAAAAAUAGAAAAAAAUAUGAAUGAAUGAAAUGAUGAAUUUAUAUAAAUGGAGGAAGCAAGAGAAGUGUGUCAGGAUCGAAGCAAAUGGAAUUCUAUAGUCUCUGCUUACCCCGGUGGGAAAUAGGCGUGAGUUUAUGUAUGUAUGUAUGGAAUAAAAUAUAAUUCUACGUACAGAACGACAACUAUCCUCCCCGCACCAACUCGUUGCUGGUGCCGACCUCACCCCCUCUAAGUCUUAAUUUAGUCUUAUAGCGCUAUUACAUCUUUCAAACACGCACCGACAUUUGUGUCAACGAAGUUCAGAAAAAUCGACCUUAUUAUUACUGUACUGUGAUCGUUAUUUGUAGGGUCUUAUACUGUUUGUCAAAAGAUUGACCACAAACCACCAACAGAAUUAGUGCCGACAGAGUUUAGAAAACUCGACCUUAUUAUUACGGCUCUGUGGUCAUAAUUUGAAUGAACCAUAUUCCGUUUGUCAAAAAACAUGGUUUGUGGUUCAUCUUUUGACAAACAGUAUCGAUGUGACUACAAAUAACGAUCGCAGUACAAUAACAAUAAGGUUGAUUUUUCUUUGAGUGGAAAGUCAUGACUGAAAGGUUUAAUAUCGAGCCGCUAAAGAGAAAAGAGGAGAUCUCUGUCUGUCUCGCUCACACGCGUUAGUCGGCAUACGGAAAGAAUGAGAGUUUUAUAUGGAGUAUACAUUCUUCUCUGCCCACUUUCCUAUUGGCUGCCGGCGCAGAAUGUAAACGUUAGGUUAGGUAAACUGUGAUUUAUCAGUAACACAAUUUGUAAUUUAUAUUGUUAUUUCGCAUUUUAUUAUUAUUAUACACAUUACCAUUACUAUUAAGUUAUCUAGUGACCAAAAAGAAAUUGUGUUUUAAUAAAAUACUUGAUACAUCCAC